AUGUAUAUUGAAGGAGGCCUCCAACCAUCUCGCAGAAGAUCACUUUUCACUUUGGCUUCAUACAUGCUUAUUUUUUCAGCAAGGGCAGGCAAUCUCCCGGAGCUAAUUCCUAUUGUUAAAGCAUCUCUGACUGAACAAACAGUUGAUCCUUAUCUUGAGUUAGUCGAAGAUAUCAGAUUGCAGGCUGUAUAUUCAGAAUCUGGUAAGAUGAAGAUAGCAUAUGGUUCAGAGGAAGAUGAAGUUUGCGCACUGAAAUCUCUAUCUGCAAUAGAAUUAAAUGAUCAUCAGUUGAAGGAAACUGUGAUAUCUCACUUCAUGACUAAAUUUGCGAAAUUGUCAGAGGAUGAGUUAUCAGGCAUAAAGGAACAACUUUUGGAAGGAUUUUCCCCUGAUGAUGCAUAUCCAUUAGGAGCUCCAUUGUUUAUGGAGACUCCACGACCAUGUUCUCCUCUUGCUCGAAUGGAGUUACAGGCCUUUGACGAGGUCAUGCCUUUAGCAGCCUUGACCGAUGAAGAGGCCUUUCCUGAAGCAAUUGGAAGUCAGUCGGAUAGAAAAACAUCACUAUCAAUUAAUACACUUGAUGUUCUAAGUGUUAAUGAGCUUUUGGAAUCGGUUUUGGAAACUGCUCGACAAGUUGCAAGCUUGCCAGUUUCCUCUACUCCCAUACCUUAUGACCAAAUGAAGAGCCAGUGUGAGGCCCUUGUAACAGGCAAACAGCAGAAGAUGUCAGUGCUUCAAAGUUUCAAGCAUCAACAGGAAACCAAGGCAAUAGUUGUUUCUAGUGAAAAUGGGGGGCACAACCACCCCGCUUUACCGAACACGGAUGUGGGUUUUCCAGAAGGAAAUCUCAAGUUAUUCAAUAAGGAUCAAGUCCGAGCACGGGAUCAGCUUGCCCUCUGCUCGCGCGAUUUUGGACAGUAUUCUUUUCGGUUACCUCCCUCAAGCCCCUAUGACAAAUUCUUGAAGGCAGCUGGAUGCUAAAGACUUGUAUACGCAUAUGUAAUCUCAUCUGCUUGUUUUUCUUAGCCACGCACUUGGCUGUGCUAGUUUUUUUAUUCUUUAUAGUGAAAAUAUUAUAUAA